AUGGUUACAGUCCAAACCAGCACACAUGCAUUCCAUGUCGACCUUGGGAGACUCUCGGAGUGCAGCGAGUACUUCCGAGCCUUAUCCCGGUCCAGAAUGAGAGAAACGUCAGAGAACCUCAUCCACCUGGACCACGUGUCCUCCUCUGUGUUCUAUCAUUUCCUGGAGUUCUCCUUUUAUAACAAAUCUGAAAUCCUUCCAGAGGAGUUGGCCUCACACAUCCAGGUCAGCUGUUACCUCCUGGCCGUGGACUUCCUCUCAAAGUGCCUGUCAGACCUGUCCGAUGUCCUCAGCCCGGGUAACUGUUUGUCCUACCUGAGGCUGGCCCGGGAGAUCUGCUGCGAGGAGCUGAAAACGACCGUGUUCACCUACCUGAGCAAAAACCUGCUGGAGGCACCUCACCUCAUCAAGACUCUGAACGAAGAAGAUUGGGCCGAGGUGGUGAGCCAGAGAACACAGGGAGGCCGACGUCUGUGCUGCCUCAGAAAGGAGAAUCUGACUUCCUGGAAUGACCCAGAAACAGAACUCGCUCGGCACAUGUUCACUCUGAAAGGGUCAGAGGACAGCGGCGAUUGGCGUCUGGUUACAGAGCUUCCUUUCCGAGCUGAGAAGUGGUGUUUCACCACAGCGGUCCUGUUUAACUACCUGUACAUUAUAGGAGGCUUCCGGCAGCGUGUGAAGAGAGGCUGGGAGUUCAAGAUGGCUUCCUUUAGGUACAAUCCAUUCACGCGUACAUGGGUGGCCACAGCUCCCCUGAUUAAGCACAGACGGCACUUCAGUGCAGUGGCCUGUGAAGGCAACAUAUAUGCUGUGGGUGGCUGGCACUUAGACUCUUUGGUGACUCCGGACUCUGGCACUGCUCUUUAUACGGCUGUGGAACGCUAUGAUCCAUGGGAGGACACGUGGAGGUUUCUGUCCUCUUUGUCAAUGACUUUAACACUAUACAACACAAGAGAAGACUCCUGGUCUGAACUGCUUCCCACCCUCACCAGAGCAGAUGCAGACCUCCCUGCUCUUUACUUCCUGGGUGCCUCUGACAGGCUGUUUGUGAUUGGUGGGAACAACUUAGAGAAUGUGGUGACAUCAUUCUGUGUGCACUCACAGAGAUGGGGAGAGGUGCACGGGGCUGAUAAAGUGGCAUUGGCAGGACAGGGGACAGUUGUAGGAGACCAUGUCCUGAUGCCGAGUAUAGAGCACAACACUGUUAUAAAGAUGGAUCUGCAAACGCUCUCUCUCAAAGCCCUGCCUCAUCUACCCAUAUAUACCCGCUAUGAAUCUGUUUUUUAUCUCCACUUUUAAAAUACUUUUUUUUUAUGUUUUGUGAAGUCCUGUUCAAAUGUAAGGAGAUAUUUUCCCAGGGUCGGUGGGUUUUUAA